GGUUGCCAUUCACCGGGAAUCGCAAAAAAACAAAGGGGCCGUAAUAGGGGGGAAAAGCAGUAAACAAUCAACCGGCGGACCGUCUCAAUGUCAACUCUAGUCAGAAUCAUACGACGCAGCAGUGUGACCACCCAGAUACGCAGGAUGUCCGGCCAAGCGGGUCAAAGUGCAGCCACCAUUGCCGUGGGCCAAAUGCGCUCCACCAGCGACAAGGUGGCCAAUCUUGGCCAGGUAAAGGAGCUGGUUGCCAGGGCCAAGUCCAAGAACGCCUGCAUGCUUUUCCUGCCCGAGUGCUGCGACUUUGUGGGCGAGAACCGCUCACAAACCCUUGAGCUUUCGGAGGCUUUGGACGGGGAGCUGAUGGCGCAGUACCGGGAUUUGGCCAAAUGCAAUGAGAUGUGGCUGUCCCUGGGUGGCGUCCACGAGCGGAAUGACCAGGGCAAGAUCUACAACGCCCAUGUCCUGGUCAACGAAAAGGGGGAGCUGGCGGCGGUCUACAGGAAGAUGCAUCUGUUCGAUGCCACAACGAAGGAGAUCCGCCUGCGGGAGUCGGACACCGUGACGCCGGGCGAGCGCCUGGAGCGACCGGUGAGCACGCCCGCCGGUCAGGUGGGUCUUCAGAUCUGUUACGACCUGCGGUUCGCCGAGCCAGCGAUUCUCCUCAGGAAGCUGGGCGCCCAGCUGCUCACCUACCCGGCCGCCUUUACCUACGCCACCGGGAAGGCGCAUUGGGAGCUGUUGCUGCGUGCCAGGGCCGUCGAGACGCAGUGCUUCGUGGUGGCGGCGGCCCAGCAGGGCUGGCACAACCAGAAGCGACAGAGCUGGGGCCACAGCAUGAUCGUGAGUCCCUGGGGCAAGGUGCUUGCCGAUUGCGGCGGCGAACAGGAGCUAGAUAUAGCCACAGCCGAGGUGGAUCUCUCCCAGCUGCAAUCGCUCAACCAGACCAUGCCCUGCUUCGACCACCGCCGCAACGAUCUCUACAGCCUGACGCCCUACGGCUUAGAAAGCGAGGAGCCCGCGCAGGAUCGCGAAUUUGCCACCAACAUCGUGGACAAACGCACCAUUUUCUACGAGUCCGAGCACUGCUACGCCUUCACCAACCUGCGCUGCGUCGUCGAGGGCCAUGUGCUGGUGUCCACCAAGCGGGUGACACCCCGUCUGUGCGGCCUCAACUGCGCCGAAAUGACGGACAUGUUCGCGACGGUCUGCCUGGUGCAGCGGCUGCUGGAGAAGAUCUACCAGACCACUUCGGCCACCGUCACUGUGCAGGAUGGCCCAGAGGCCGGGCAAACAGUUCCCCACGUCCACUUUCACGUUAUGCCCCGCCGGCAGGGCGACUUUGGCCACAACGAUCAGAUCUACGUGAAGCUCGAUGAACGCGCCGAGGAAAAGCCAGCGCGCACGCUGCAGGAAAGGAUCGAGGAGGCCCAAGCGUACCGCAAGUUCCUGCUGGACAGUAGCUAGCUUGGCUGCUAUUCCGAGACCCUAACUUCUUCCAUGUGAUUUAAGACAUAAAUAAAGAACCCCUCGACCGCCUGAA